AUGAGUUCGAUAUCGAAAGCAUCAAGUCGAUCAUCGUCAUCAUCAGGUUUUUCUUCGACUAUACAUGAACCUUUUUCACUGACUUCAACUACACAAACAGUACUUGACAUUCGACGAGCUGAUAUUAAUGCUCGUGCGAUAUUUUGUGGCGAACAAGAUUGCCGAUUGAAUGAAUUACGUCGUAUGACGGGUGCAAUUAUUGAUCUUAAUGUAGUUCAAAAUACAAAUAGUCCAUUUGAACGAGUCAAUUGGACAAUAUUUCAUCGUAAUAAAGAAGUUCGCGAUUUUAUUAUCCGACGUCUUACUCAUUGGUCACAACAAACACAAAUUCUUUGUGAUAUGGCUUAUGCGGAUGUGAUUUUCCUACAAGAAAAACAAAAUCAGCAGAUACAAAAGUCACCGCCACUUACAGCAGCCAAUUUCGGACGUCGAAAUCGAACACAAAGUUUAACACAAUCAGCAACAACAAAUUUUCAUCCAAUAAGAAAUCAAAUGCCUAGUACACCAACAGCAUCAUCAUAUAAACGCGAAUUGCCAUUUGCAGGCCUUCUAGGCCGUACUUUAUUAAAACUCGAUCCACGAUUCAAUGACAAUGGGAAAUUAUUUAAAUCAAAGACAGAUAUUCGUCAAACUGAAGAAAUAGUUCCUACGUGUGCAGCUGAGCAUGUUGACAUCACGCCAAUUGAAAUCAGCCAAUUAAUGGAAACAGCAAAAUGGGCGGGCUUGCUAUCGGACACAUCCGAAAAUGAACUGAAUGAAAAUCGAGUCUGCUUUGCAGAUACAGUGUCAUUGUCAAAACUAGCCGAAAUCUUGAAAAAUAAUGAAUUAAAACCAACAUCGGAUGUUCGUGACAUUGAUAAUAUUAUACAACAGAGUACUAUGAAUGUAACCAGCCGUGAACAAAUCCGAAAAAUGGAUGGCAAAAAAUAUUGGUUUCACCGUGUUAUACUCGAUGGUCAUAUACAGUUUCCUGUUGGAAUAAGUCAAGAUGCUAGUGAAGCUCGACGCCUCGCCUAUCGACAAAUGGUCGCUGUCUGUUUGAAUGAAGACGGUAUUAAAAUGAAAAUGAUAAUAGGUAAUCGCGUUAAGGUAGUCAAAGGACCAAAAUUACAAGGCCAACAUCGUCCUAUUCAUGAUGAUCUCGAUAUGAAUGGUAAAAGAUUUUUAUUUGAUUAG